CAUUCUCCGGCACUAGCCGGCGGCUCCCACGGAAUGACUGCGAUCAUUUAAAGCAAUCCUGCUCUCAUCAUGGGAAGCCGGGGAAGAAUUGACGUCCGGAAGAUCCUGCCUAUAGGAUCCGAGCCGUCAGAGGAGCCGUGCUUUUCCCUCACUUUAAAUCCGGCCGGGGAGUGCAGGUGCUGAAAGCCAGAAGAUAUGGGGAAUGCAGCAUGACAGCAACUACCAAAAGUUCUUGCUGGCUGCAAUUCCCUCGUUUCGGACUCCGUUCUGCUCGGCAGACCUGGAGCUGGGAAAUUAACUAGCCUUGAUUUUGAAAAUGCCUCCCACUGACUGGGCUUUGAAUGUGAUAAAUGGCCUUCCAGAGCUGGGGAGCAGCUAACAGAAAGACAAGGCAACGAGGAAAAGACAAGUUCCAGGAUUCAAACUCUGGUAAAAGAUGUUCUCCUUUCAACUUAUAGAAACUGUACUGGUAAGCAACGUGCAGUGGCUUUUUUGUUUUAUUUAUUUUUAAAAUGUUUCACAAGGUGAAAUGACUUUUAAACUUUUCUGACUGUUUAAAGCAACCAAGCGGCAGCAAAAUCAAAGGAAGAAAUUUUAUUCAAGGAUUUUCAAAAAGUUGUCUUCUGAGAAAAGAAAAGUAGGACAAUGGCAUCUGGCGAGUGCCUUCUGCUGGACCUGGAAACGGAUAACUUCAUUCUCUACAACAUCUCAGUCAACCAGAGUGCAAACCUCUCCAUCCUCAGCGACGAGUGGUUCUACCCAGCCUUCCUCUACGCCAUCCCCACCAUUUACGGGAUCAUCAUUUUGAUAGGCCUUAUCGGCAACAUCACUUUGAUUAAGAUCUUCUGUACUGUGAAAUCCAUGAGAAAUGUCCCUAAUUUGUUCAUCUCCAGCUUGGCUCUGGGAGACCUGCUGCUGUUAGUGACUUGCGUGCCUGUGGAUGCCAGUAGGUACCUAGCUGAUGAGUGGCUCUUUGGCAGAAUCGGAUGUAAACUUAUCCCCUUCAUACAGCUCACUUCUGUAGGGGUGUCAGUCUUCACUCUCACUGCUCUCUCAGCUGACAGGUAUAAAGCUAUAGUAAGACCAAUGGAGAUCCAAGCGUCCCAUGCACUGAUGAAGAUCUGUGUGAGAGCUGCUAUCAUCUGGAUUGUCUCCAUGCUGCUUGCCAUCCCUGAAGCGGUGUUUUCAGAUUUGCACCCUUUCCAUGACAAAGGGACUAACAAAACCUUCAUCAGCUGUGCUCCUUACCCACAUUCUGAUGGGCUGCAUCCAAAAAUCCACUCGAUGGCAUCAUUUCUGAUCUUUUAUAUCAUUCCUCUAUCUGUCAUAUCAGUUUAUUAUUAUUUCAUUGCUAAGAAUUUGAUCCGGAGUGCUUACAACAUUCCCGUGGAAGGAAACUUACAUGUGAGAAAACAGAUUGAAUCCCGUAAGCGCCUGGCCAGGACAGUACUGGUCUUUGUGUGCCUCUUUGCCUUCUGCUGGCUCCCUACUCACAUCAUCUAUUUAUACCGAUCUUACCACUACUCAGAGGUGGACACCUCAGUGCUGCACUUCAUCGCCAGCAUCUGUGCUCGGAUCCUGGCAUUCACUAACUCUUGCGUCAACCCAUUUGCUCUCUACCUGCUCAGCAAGAGCUUUCGGAAACAGUUCAACAACCAGCUGUUCUGCUGCAGAGCUCGCCUCCUCAUCCGGUCCCAGAGCAUGGCCAGGAGCACCACCCGAAUGACCUCCCUCAAGAGCACCAACCACUCCCUGGCCACCUUUAGCCUUAUCAAUGGCAACCACAUCUGCCAUGAAGGCUAUGUCUAAAACAUGCAGCUGAGGACCACUGCAUGACGUACCUAGUGCAGCUGCUUGGUUUUGCUCUGUGGGGAUGCUGAGUAGCACACACAUGCACAUGUGUGUGUGAGGAAGUCUGAUGCGCUCUGAGAAUGAACUCGGAGGAACUGGAAGCAUCCAACAUUUCAUCCCGGACUGUGGCAUGUCUGGAGCAGCAGGUCAUUUAGCACCUGCCUGCAGGAGUUCCCUGGGGUGGGCUGCGUUGCUUCAAGACCUGCUGCUUUUAACGAGAGUGAAGUGAGCGUCUUAAGAUCAAAUCUAGUUUGGCUCUGCCAGUUCUUCAUCACUUUCUGCUCAAUCCCAAACUCAGACAGACUUACAGCAAUGACAAAGACUACACCAGGUGCACAAAAUUCAUCGGAACAGUUGCAUCCAGCAGUUCAUGGCAUAAUAUUUUUGACACCAAAAUAAAUCCAUUUAAAUAAGGUAAAUACUUUUACAAAGGAGUUCAGUGUAGGUCAUUUACAGACUUUUCAAGUAUUUAUUAAUGUUUGGAGUACAGUAUUAAUUCAUGAUAUAAAAAAUAUCAAGAGUUUACUGGGGUAUGUUGGUGACCCCAUCUGAAAUAAAUGAGCAGUAUCUUGCACUACGUCAAUGUGAAAGCAGUAACGUAAAUAAAUGUGAGUUGGAAUAUGUUUACAGUUUUCAAAUGUGUGAGCUUUUGCCAUGUUAUGGAGGAGACAGAAGGGCAUUUUCCAAGCGUUACUACUUUGCUCUUCCUGUCUUCAAGGCGGGAGACAGUGAAAGUGUUUCGCCACCUAAGGGGUACCACAGAAGUUUAGUCGGGUCUGGUUAAGGAUAGAUAUCUAACAGAAAAUGAAGAGAAGCCAUGCAGUAGUGCUUUGUGAAACUCACCAGUUAUGCAGUAGAAACCAUCAGCAAUGCAAGGUCUGAUCUCCGGCCUACAGUUUUUUUCCUUCUAUCUUCACAGAAAUCUGUGGAGACCGAGUGACAAGGCUGGCUGGCAGCCUAGCGAGGCAGGCCUCCUGUAAUGUUCGCUCCAGAGCAGAUCUUGUGCCAGGCACCAGCUGUCCUGGAAACACGAGCAAAGUGUCCUGCAGAUAACAAGCUCUCGAAGCGUGUGGGCUAUAGGACAGGCAAUGAGGCUGCACACCUGAUAAAGCAAGCUGCUACAAAUGAGGCUAUAAACCAAUCCCUGCAGCAGAAUAUUGAGUUUUUAAUGGCCCUCAUCCUCUGUGAGGAUGAUCCUGUUUCUUACCAUGGCAAAAGAAAAAUGAAAGCUAGUAAAACUUUGUGUUAGGCUUGCUGGGUGAAUGUCGAAAAGGCAUGCAGCGUAAUCGCACUCAGCCUGGCACCCAUGGGUGCCCAGGGAUGCUGGCGGGACCUGCUGUCUGCAGGGGCUGCAGGCUCAGAGAGUAGUGUCUCCUGGGUGAGGAUCUCCUUGCCUGAAAAAUUAACACAGUGGGGUCAUUUUCCAGCUGAGUCCGCUCUCUUUCUUGUCCAAGUGUGUGUCUGUGGUGUUAAUUGCAAUUCACUGGGCUGUCUGAGGCCUCUGUUACUGCUUUUUUCAGCAGGAUGGUGCUUUCCCUGAGCUUUAACGUGAAGCUCCUGAUGACCAGCCUGGCCUGUGAUCAUUUCAGAGAGUUUUGUUGAGUUUUGAGCUGUUUACAAUAUUUCAAAAUGAGAAGAAUAUAUCUUGCCUGAGACUUUUUUUCACUAAAUAUUUUCUUCAGCCAUGUAAGUAUCUCAUGGAAAGCAAGCAGGAAUUGCACAUUUCACCCACAGCCGCAGUGACUGUGCUGCCUUGUGUGUCCUGACUGGUAAUGAACAACAGAUCACUGUUGCUCUACAAGAGAAUUCAAUAAUUUCUGAAUUCAUGUUUCUGAGGGAAAGGGGAAAACACAGCUCUGAUGUGAGCAAAUUGUAAACAUGGGGAAAAGAGCACUGGCUGUAGCUCCCUCAGGGCUGCGCUGAAUACGGCUACACUGUGUUGAGCACAGCAAAAUUAUGAAGAUGCGGCACCAUGGAAUUAAACAAGUGCUGUGGGUUUCACUCUUCUUAGCAGAGCUAGUGACCCCCCUGAGGACAGGAAAGAGGGGGUUUUGGCUAUCAUUUGGAAAGUGGUUUCCAACAAUGCAGCUGCAGGUGUUCGCAUGUGUCACAGCCACACCAUUGCUUCAUUUCCUCACUAUUCCUUUUUUUUUUUUUUUUUUCCCAUUUGUUUUUAGAGCUGAUAGGCAAAUCUUUAGAGGGAGCACCAUGUAAAAUGUAAAACUUCCAUUGAAACCUAAAAUGCCUGCAACUUCUUUGAGUUUUCAGCAACAUGGGGCAGGCCUUUUCAGUGGAAAACUAGAGUAUACAUUAUCAAUGAAAUUCUUUAUUUUAUUCAAAUCCCACCCAGUCCCAGUUUAACACCUUUAAGAAAAUUUGGUGGUUUUGUGAAAAAAAAAAAAAAAAAUCCAGUGAAAAAAAGUUAAUGGUUAAAAAGAAAAAAAAAAAAAAAGUAUUUUGGAAUGUAUUUCACAAACUUACACUUGUUUUUUAAUACCUCAGAAAGAGCAAUUCUGAGUCUGAAAUUAUUCCUAUUUCAUCCCUGUGUUAAAAUAAUUAAAACACUCGAUGCAGCAGUUGAGGUCAGGGAAAAGAGAACCCAAGAAAGUUUUCAGAAAUAUCCUAGCACGUCACUGCAUUAGUUGUAGCUGUAAUUAGUUUUCUGCCUCUUGCUACUUGUCUCAUUACCUUGGUUUCAAAAACAUGAUGUACUUUAUGCUGCUGCAACAGUCCAAUUCCUUAUCUAGAGCUAUUUCGAUGUUUGCUGGCACACCUGCAGUGCCAAUUCUUUGAACCUGGAGCAUUGUCUGCAGCAUUGCUUGCACUCGAUAAAUUUUCAAAGAGCACAAAGAUAAAGUCCCUGCCUGGCAAGCGACUGCAGAGACAUGCACUCAGAUGCAGCCUGAUCCUUGGCAAUGAUCUGGUUCAGGACAGGAAAAGCCCUGGGGACUGCAUUGGUUGGGAAAUGCUGCAUUACAAGGCUCUAAAAAACAGUUUUCCCAAAAUUCUGCAGCAUGUGGGUGGGGGACAAAUGGCCCCUGGGUCAGGCUGUUGCAUGUCACAUGGUGGGGUGUGCUACUUUCUACUAUGAGGAUGCGGUGCUUUCAUCCUGGGUCAGAAGUGCUGCAGGGUUAUUAAAUAUGUGUAGCUGCCAUUAGAUGAAUCAGUGUGAAAUAUGAAACUAAUGUUUCACAGGGACAUCUUGAGUUCUGUCCCUGCUUUCUCAGAGCAGAUUAAAUAGGGCAAAAGGACAAAACAUUGUUCUUCAUUAGGAAAUUGAAUUUUCUGAAAUUCCUGAAUUCCCUUUGCUCCCACUGAAGGUAGUGGGAGAUGAAAGCACUGAAUAAAUCACAGCUUUCAGCUGUUCUUGCUUUAGGAUUAUUAAGCACUGUUUUGGUUAAAAAUGUUUUCUCAUCAGUUUUGAAAAUCACUGCAAAGAAUCAAAGAGAUUAGAAUCAAAGAAUCAGAAAGAACAGAAAUUUUCUAAGACUGACACCAAGUGAAGGUUUCAGAGUCCUUCAGCUCUGCCUACAAAAGGGUAUCUGUGUUGCAGUGUUUCCACAUACUGCCUUUUAGGAAAUGUUUAAGUACGAAAAACCAAAUGCAUGUGAUUCUGCUGCAUGGUAACAGUAGUUGUAAGCAAGAAAAAUGAUGGAAAAGAAGGGCUGUAUUGUUGAACACAAAUAUUUAUUUCAGGUUGAAAAAAACCACCAAAUGUUGUAUAACGUAAUGAAUAUUUCUUUGUGUUAAACAAACAAAAAAUAACUUGAAAAUCCUCUAUUUACCUAACAAGAAAACAUAUGUGUGAUCCUGAUUCCCCUAAUUAGUUUGAUUUGUAUGGAAUGAACGUUUUAGUUACAAAACAGAAAGAUUGCAUUUUUAUGCAUGGUUUGGCAGAAAUAAUAUACCUUCUUACUCAUUUUUCUGACAAAAUACAUUUUUUUUUCUUACAGCAGAAAACCAUCUGUGUGUAUUCAGUUGGGGAACAAAAACAGUCUUUCAGCCUUCUUUAAAGGCGAGAAGUUCAGUGCAGCUUAUCUGAACAGUAAGCAAUCCCCUGAAUGUUAACUCUGCAGCUCAUUGUUAGUGCUAGGCACCACAACGAUAAGAGGGCAGCUUACCCUCUCCAUCCUGAAAAAUCACAGCAGUUGAUGGGCCUGUAUCAUUCUUCAAUAAAUCGGUAGAGAUCUCGUGUAACACCAUAUCUCCAUUUCCAAGAGAAAGAAGGCAGGAGGCAAAGGAAUAUUUAGAUGACUUUAUUCAAACCUGAAAGCUUUCUGCAUGUUUACUGAAAUAUUUGUGCUACCUUUAGCCUUUUUUUUUUUUUUUCAAUGACAGCAGGUUUAUACAUGCUGCUAUCUUUUAAAAGCAUGCAUGUAAAGAAACAGCUGAUUUGGGCCAUCUGUAAAUUGAUAUUUAUUUAAGAUCGCAGAAUAGGCUGUUGGGCUGUAAAAUGCAUUUUAGCUUGGGUAGCUACAGCCACAAGAGAGUUCAGCCAGCCUGCAGGCAGCUCUCUGCAGUGGAUGGUGAGCUGGAUGAGCUGUUCUUGCAGCAUCCUUCCCUUGUACACAGCAUUUCUUGCACAAGGGCUCUACAGCUCACACGCACAGAUCUGGCCAGACUGUUGCCCCAAAGCCAGUGGCCCUGCACUAGCUCGGUGCCCACAUAUCUAUUCUGGAAAGACCUCCUUGUUCCCCAGCCCCUUUCUCUUCCCAAAGGAGCUGGCAGGGUUUCACCCCUGCUCAUCCUGCCUGUAAGCAGCUACACGGGAGGAGCAUGGGGCUGUGGGCACAGCAUCCUGCAGAACCACAGAAAAGAGAGGCUCAUCUCCAAAUCACACUUCAGGCAUCCCAAGUGCUGUUGGCUUGGGUCAAUAACUCCAAUAACUUAUUCCUUCUCUGUAGCAGUUUCCCUAGAAAACCUGGACUGUAUUUGUACAGGCCACUUUGAAAGGCUCAUCACCUUGAAAACAGUGGCCUCCGAUAUGGAUUCACACUUAACCCGAGAAUCCUCACCCAGGUAUGGCAUCUGUGUAGGUCAUACCACAGAGGGGGUGAAAGUGUCCCCUUUGGAAAGAGUCUCUACCUAGGGAUGUCCAUCUCUGCUGGCUGACUGGCUUGUAUUUAUGUCCCUACCUUGCACUUCAUCAUAAUCCAUCAUCACAAUUGUAAAAUCUGUUAAGAAUAGAGACUAAAUACCACCCUGCUUUCUGCUAAGAUUAUCAAUGAAGACUACGUCUAAUUUUAUAUUAAAAUCACAUCCAAAACUCGUUUUAAAAGUGCCUAAUUGCUUGUUUCUGGAAAUAGCUACUUCAGACAAUUUCUGUGAUUAGUUUGAUUAUUUCACCAUAAGUAGUUAUGAAUUAAAGAGAACCAAUCAUAGAAUUCUUUUGAAAUAAAGGAUUUAAUCUGUUUUAAUGUAAAUUAAUUACACUUCAUGCUAAAAUGCCUGCCUUAUGCUGAAUAUCUUUUAGUAAGUGCUACUGUGUGUUUACAAGAAAAGUCAGUCCCUUACAUCCUUCCAAUAUGAUGCUUUGAAACAGAUGAACCUGGGCUUUGUGCCAGCACUUCUAGCUCCAGAGUCAGUGUAUUAUUGCUGUUCACACCACCAUUCCUCUGCAGCCUCUUUUUAGUGGGAGGUGGAUAUGACACCAGUCCCCGCACUAUGAGGCAGAGAGCAAUGAUUAAAGCACCUGCCUGCUGGACAGGACUUCUCAUCCCAAGGGUCCAAAGCAUUUUUUCUGGGGAAAAAAAAAUACAAAUGGAAGGAGAAGGAAAAAAAAAAAAAAAAAAAGGACAUUUCUACCUUUGUUUUAUGAAUAGCCUAAAACCAAGCCAAAGCAGGCUCUGACCUACUGGCCCUGAAGGUUAACGACAGAGUUGAGCACAGUUCCCACUGUGGGGUGCCUAUCCUAGUUGUUGCCCUGAAAAAUCUGGCACCCAGCUCCAGUGAGCAGCCAUCUCCUCUCCACCAGUCCUGAAGAUGGACAGGCAAAUCAUCCCUCUUGUUUUGGACACAUCCUUUUUCAUGAGACAUUGUGCCCCAUCUCUCACCUUUACUGCCCACACCAGCUCUAGUUGAUCAACAUAGACUAUCUACCUAAUUUUUAAAUGGCUGAUGUCUGUCCAGAUGAAUCCUUCUGCACAUCUCCUGUGGCAGUCAGCCCAGGCCUGCCCUGCCUCCAUGCUGACCAGUAGAAGGGCACAUUCUUUUCCUUCUUCUGUUCCCACCUUGCAGCUUUCUGUUCUUGCAAGAACCUUCUGUUCUUGCAUGCAGCCCUGUCACCACCACCUGAUGCCACAUUAAACAGGCCAUUAAGAUGGUUUAACAAGAAGCAGGCUUUUCCUCCUCAUCAUCAAUCACCUGAAUGAGGCAUGUACAAGACCCCUCCAGAAGGUGGUUCACAGCUGCUUACUCAUUUGCUCUAGGGUUGUGCAGCUCCUUGCUGGCAUGAUAGAGGAAAGCUGCUGUGAAUACACCCUUACUGCCAGUCAUCCUUUGUGUGACCUUAGACCCCUGGCGCAAAUUUUGUUAGACCAUUAGUCUAAGAGCAGUGGCCUGUCUUCCCUGUGCCAUGUAGUUAGUUAUGUAUCAGACUGAACAGGAGGAAAACUAAGAAGAACGUCUUUAUUCCCAUAGGCUCAUUCAGGGUAAGAUAAUGGAAAACUGAGAAAAAGUAUCAGGCCAAUCUCAUGCCUACAGCGCUUACACUUGUGCUAUCUAUGCCACAGGUUGAAGGUGAAGAGCAAGAGACAUGGAUAAUCAUGACCCUUGGUCUAAUACACACUAAUAUGAUAUUUACCAUAAAAGAGGCAAACUGUAAGCACUGUAAUUUAAUGAUGUCCAAAAGGAAAUGCGGUGCUCUUUGAGAAAAUUGAGUAUAUUUCUCCCUGUCAGUGUUGUAUUGCAUUUAAGGGAAGAGGUGAGCUGUGCUGUACAAUCUGAGGAACAGAGUAUAGGUUGGAAAAAAGCAAACAAACAAAAAAACCACACCACCAACAACAAAAAAUUACACUACUGUAAAACAUUUCCCUCAUUCAGUGAUUAGGAGUAUCAGAGGGGAACCCAUCUUUCUUCCAAAAAGCAGAUCCCUAUGAAUAGCAGGUGGACUCCAGGCAAGCAUUUCUAGUUCAUUUGGUUCCUCCUGGAGGAAAAAUCAGUGUGUGCUUCUAAUUGUUCUGAAUGUGCAUUCAGGACCAGUUGCUGGCAGUCUUGAACAAGCCAAGAAUCACUUCAGGAAGCAUGGCAAUCCGUUACCAUGUUAUGCACUUUAAAAAAUAUCUUUAAGAGACCACACAGUAUUUGCUUUUUAUAAAAUCUAUGACACAGAGAACCAGUCACAUAUUAUAGACCUGCUUUAUCAGCAGUUCACUCUGAAGGCAGCUGAGGACACAACCCACUUCAAAUCAUUUUCCUAGUGCAUGUGUGGAAAAGCUUAGUUAUGAACUACAAGAUUGUACAUAUUUUAUAAAGUGUAAUUUUAAUAUCUCCUCUGAAUAUUACUUAUUGCUUUGUAAAGUAAUGUUUGUGUGCAUUCAGCCAUCUGUCUACAAUACAAAUGUCUUGAAUUGCUGUGUACUGAGGUAAUGCAUUUUAUUUUACUAGAAACAUGCUUUGCUUUCUCUUUUCCAGAUGCUGUAUAAUCUGGUAUGAAAAAAAAAACACUGAAAAAAUAAUUUCCUUAUCAAAUGAAAAUUUGCAUAAAGGCUAAUGUUUCAGCUCCCUUGAGGUAACAAUUAGAAGGGGAUUUAUAAGAAAGAAAUCAAAAUGUGAAAGCAUGUGUUCUAUUUUGAUUGGUUUAUUUUGCCUUUGGAUAUAUUUUCUAAUUUUGUACACCAUGCUUUCAAAAAUGUGCCUGAGUGACCUCUAUUGAAAUAUGGACUCAAA